UAGUUGCGUCAAGAUGGAAGGAAGUGGAGCGUAUGGCGGUGGUAAAGCAGGAGCUCCAUUCGAUCCGAUUGUGUUUAUUCAGAGACCUCAAGUGAUUCUGCGAGCAUUAUGUUUGCUUUUCGCAAUCAUUGUCUUUGGCUGCAUUAGUAGUAAAGGAUAUGUAACCGAAUCAGGAAAAGAAACGUGUCUGUAUAACAGAGAUGCCAAUGCUUGUAAUUAUGGAGUUGGUAUUGGUGUUUUGGCUUUCUUAGGAAGCUUUUGUUUUCUAGCAGGGGAGUAUUUAUUCGAACAAAUGUCUUCUGUUAAAACACGAAAGCAUUACGUGCUACUGGAUCUUGGAUUCUCCGGGCUUUGGGCAUUCUUAUACUUUAUCGGAUUUUGUUACCUAACUAAUGCGUGGAACAAAUCAGAAACUCCUCCGAAUGGUGCUGGAGUUAACAACGUACAAGGAGCGAUCGCAUUUUCAUUUUUCUCAAUAUUUACUUGGGCUGGAUGUGCUUGGUCUGCAUUUCAAAGAUUCAAGCAAGGUACAGAUGCAGCAUUUGCUCCCACGUAUGAGGCAGAUCCUACAGGGGAACAAGGUUACACGAGCUAUCCUGAUGCUGCUGAUGUUACGUAUCAAGAGCCACCAUUCGCUCAACAACAGCGAAGUUUAGGAGAUUUCCAAGCUCCUGCGUAUUAAAAUCAUCCAGAUGUGUAUUACGUAAACGCAUAUUCACGUACAUGGAAAACACACACAUACAGGGUGUUGCACAACCUGCGUACGCAUUGCCAACUUAUAUUCGGUAUGAAAACAGUGAAUUAAAGAGUCCUUUGUGGAAAUGUUCUCAAAAGCAUAAUUAUGUGAUAUGCAGACUUCUGUUUCUUUUCUUAAGUUGCUUAAGAUUGUUCGGCUCCAAUGGAAAAGUGACUUUAAAAAACAAAUCUUCAGUAUGUUCGUAGAGGAGUUUUUGAUUCCCUUUUUCAAAUCGAAUAUGAAUUUUUUCCCAGUUACGGAGAUUGCACCCAGCUGGGUGAACAAGUAUUUCCUUUUGCUGUUUUGUGCAAUAAGUAAUUCCAUGUACUGAUGUAAUUGACUCUACCUCUAAGAGAGUGGUUGUGAGAAUAACUAAAUUUAAAGACCAUAAAAUCAAGUUUAAAAUAACGCUAGUGGCUCAAAUAGACUUCAAUUAGCAAAAAUUAAGAUGGACAAAGUUACAAUGUGAAAAAUAUUGUCAAAGAUUAGUAAAGCUUCAUAUCCUAAUUUUUUUAGAACAGUAAAAAGGACAAAUUAGACGUGUUUCUUAGUUUGUCAAUAAUUAUUGUGAUACAUACUAUAUUGUGUAGAGAAAAGGACUUAAGGGCAUUUGACGCACUCAAAUACCUAUGUUACCGACCUCACUUGUUUAGUUCACUGAAUUUUCUUGGAACAUAAAAACUUUUCUUGCCAAUAAAAUAUCGGGCUGCAACUUUGGGAAAUGUAUAAGAGAACUAUAAACCAAGUUUGCGUACUUCAUUUGCGUAGAAAUUUCGAUAAAAAUUAUUUUCAAAGAAAUUAAAACCAGGACCAUUUCUGACAUAUUCCCUUUGUACAUUGAAAGUUUUUCAACCUAAGUACUUUUUUUAUACGUAAAAUAUCGGCCUUAAACUUCGAGAAAUGUAAGAGCCAACAGUAUAUUACAUUUAUGUACGUUUUUUACAUCUCGCAGAUGUUUUAUAUAUAAAAAAGUUCUUAGGUUCAAAAAAUUUCGAGGUUUUUUUAAAAAAAUGUUUUCAGUUAAUUUCUUUUAAAAUAAUUUUAAUCGAAAUUGCUACUCAGAUAAAGUACAUAGACGUACUUUAUGGUCUUCUGAUAAAUUUUUCAACGUUUUAGUCUAAUAUUUUAUUGACAAUAAUAGUUCUUAAGUACAAAGAAAAUGUUCAGUAGACUGAAAAAGUGAGGUCGAUAAUAGAAAGAUGUGAGCGUGUCGCAUGUCCUUAAUCUGAAUAAAGAGUUUCAAAAAACUUAAAAAGCUAUCUGAGCACGCAUAAAACCAAUUUUUGGUUUGUUAACGAAGGACUAUAAUAACACAGUUUCUUAAAAUAUAUAUUGAUGUAUAUUUUGAAGGGAUUGAAAAGAAUCAAGGUUUCAGAUAAAAACCUGCAAAACUAGCUAAAUGUCGGAGUUCAGGAAAUUCUUCCAUGCAAAUUUUCCUUUUUUCUAAAUUCCUAGAGCACUUUAGGUAUUUAGGAAAUCUUAAAACGUAAGCUUAAAAUUAAAAUAUACAAAAUAAUAUUACUUAAAAGAUUUGUCAGGCACCGAUUUGCAAAUGAAUCUGGAAGUAAAAUUGUUAGCAUAGACAAAAUAGGCUAAAAACAACACCUCACCGAGAGUUCUUCGAAAAAUGAUCUUGUUGAAUAUCGGCUUUACACAUGACAUCAAACUAUUCAGAAUUGUAGGAGAAAAGUUGUCAUUUGUAAUACAUGGAAUACAAAUUAAGCCCUAGGUAGCGCCUUAAAAGAGGUGACCAAGAGUUCAGAAAAUUGAAUUGCAAGACUGAAAGAAUCAACGCAAAUAAAAAAUGUGUCUUUGUUUUAAGCCCCGGAAUAAAAUGUAGCUCUCUUUGACAUCAAAGUGCUUCCUGCCGACACAAAUAAUUCAUAUUCUUAUAUUAAAUUAACAGAAUGUACAAUUUCAACAGAAACGGUCAAAAUUUUCGAUGUAUUUAUAUUUUACGUCUAAACGAGUUUUCAUUAAUACCUGAAACGCUCUUGGAAUUGAAGGUCUCUACACAAUAGGACUUAAUCAGUCGACGCGGCAUCGACGCAACGUAGACGUAGCAUCGACGAAACUCGCGCGCAUUUUUUGCAAACUGUUGGAAUUUUUUAAGUUCAAGCUUUGCAUGUGCGUAGCAAUAAGAAAUGACGGGCGUUUUGAAUCUCUGCGCUUCAUCUACGCAAACGUCAAACACAAUCAGUGCAACUUUUAGAGCAUAUACACCUGGAGGGAGCCAGUCAAUGGCAUAGUUGUUGGUAAAUUGAGAGAGACAGACAAUGAGUUAGCGGGAUAAGCUAUCUCUCUUGCGCAGCAAUCUAAUUGGCUGUUUUUGUUCCACUCUAAAAAAAGGUAAGAUAGUUUACAUGUAUGCGCAAGUGCACCGCUAUUUAUGGUGCACAUUUAAAUCGACCAAUCAUGUUGCUGCGCGAGACAGAUAGCUUAUCCCCCAGUAUUGCCUUUUCUCUCACUCCGAAUCGCCAAACCGGCCACAACUUUUUCACACGCGCGGUUCCCUUCACGUAUAUAUGCUCCAAAGUGUAACUAGUGGUAGAGGCACCAGAUAAGGGGAAAUUCACGAUAUUGGUGGUUGAUAGAAUCGAGGUCCGACUGUACCAUACUUAGACCAAACAGAGUUGGCAACAGAUGUGUGCGUGUUUCGUCAAUGUUGCAUUGACGUUGUGUCGAUACUGCGUCAAUGUAUCAGGUCCUAUUGUGGAAAGACCUUUAGAGAAGUGAUCGGAAAGUAUUCUAAAUAUCUGAAUAAACCAGAAAUUCAGCGAAAAAAAUUGACACCUGUCUGGAAGAUUUUAACAAGUUUCGGUAUUUACCCAAUUCCCUAGGUUGUUAGCGAAAACCCUGAUUUUUGUAAAUGGUUACGAAACAUAUAUGUUGUAGGUAAUUAGCAAUAUUAGAGUUUCGACAUAAUCACUCAGGAAUUAGCUAAAUUUGGGAUUUUAAGAAAAUAUUCAAUUCAGGUUUAUAUUUUUUCCAAAUCCCUGGCUUAUUCAGGAAUUCAGAACACGUUUAAAUAAUUCCUCUAAAUUCCUAGAUCGUUUUAAAUAUUUAGGAAAACUUUACAUUUAAGCAUAGAUUUAUUCAUUUUGUUUUAUAAUUUAUUUAGAGUUUAAAAUGAAAAUACAUGCAACUAAGUAUAAUUUAAAAAAUUUGUCGCAAACUGAUUUUCAACCGUCAGACAAUGAAUAGCUUUUUGUAAAUGCAUUUUAGUACUCGAUACUUAAAUUCGUAUAUUCUUUGUUGUAACAGAGCUAUGAUAAAUAAUAUUCAAUCAAUUUUAAGUUAUUUCAAUUUUAAAUCUUGAAUAAAUUAAAGUUCAUGGAUUCUAGCGUCACAUUUAAUAUUCCAUGUAAAUAAGGUUUUGUCAAUUCGACAUAAAGGUCCGA